GGCGGGCGAGCGCGAGGGAGCGCGCGGCGGGCUCCUGGGAGCGUGCCCGGACUGCGGCGCAGCUCCCGUCCGCCGCCCCGGCCCGGCUGAGCCCCCGGCCCGCGCCGCGCUCCUCCGAAGGGGCCGCCGGGCGGCACUGCAGGGGUGGCGUUGCGGGAGACGGCCGGGCCUGGCGCGGGUGCGUGCGCGCUGCAGGAGGCCGGCCGGGAGUCGGGAGCCGGGAACCGGGAGCCGGGAGCCAGGAGCCCGAGCAGGAGCCGAGAGGCGGCCCCUCCGUGGAGCCGGGGCCCGGCUGCUGCAGCAGGCAUCACCAUGGCCAUGGACGUGGCUGAAUACCACCUGAGCGUCAUCAAGAGCCCCCCUGGCUGGGAGGUGGGUGUCUACACUGCUGGGGCCCUGGCACUGCUGGGAAUUGCAGCUGUGAGCCUGUGGAAGCUCUGGACAUCGGGGAGCUUCCCCAGCCCCUCCCCGUUCCCAAACUAUGACUACAGGUACCUUCAACAGAAGUACGGGGAGACCUACGCAGAGGCCAAGCAGAAGAGAGUGCCUGCCUGGAAUGCCCCACGGGCCAGCACGCGGGGACCACCCAGCCGCAAAGGCAGCCUCAGCAUUGAGGACACCUUUGAGAGCAUCAGCGAGCUGGGACCGCUGGAGCUGAUGGGCCGGGAGCUGGACCUGGCCCCCUACGGGACCCUCCACAAGUCGCAGUCGGCUGACUCGCUGAACUCCAUCUCCUCCGUGAGCAACACCUUCGGGCAGGACUUCACACUGGGCCAGGUGGAGGUGAGGAUGGACUACGACACGGCCUCGCACACCCUCCACGUGGCCGUGCUGCAGGGCAAGGACCUCCUGGAGCGGGAAGAAGCCGGCUUCGAGUCCUGCUUCAUGCGAGUUAGCCUGCUGCCCGACGAGCAGAUCGUGGGCAUCUCCCGGAUCCAGAGGAAUGCCUACUCCAUCUUCUUUGAUGAGAAGUUCUCCAUCCCCCUGGACCCUGCCGCCCUGGAGGAGAAGAGCCUGCGGUUUUCUGUGUUUGGCAUCGAUGAAGACGAGCGGAAGGUCAGCACGGGCGUGGUUGAGCUGAAGCUCUCUGUCCUCGACCUCCCCCUGCAGCCCUUCAGCGGCUGGCUCUACCUCCAGGACCAGAACAAGGCUGCUGAUGCUGUGGGUGAGAUCUUGCUGUCCCUGAGCUACCUCCCAACAGCUGAGCGCCUCACGGUCGUGGUGGUGAAAGCCAAAAAUCUCAUCUGGACCAAUGACAAGACCACAGCAGACCCCUUUGUCAAGGUGUACCUGCUUCAGGAUGGGAGGAAGAUGAGCAAAAAGAAGACGGCUGUGAAGAGGGAUGACCCCAACCCGGUGUUCAACGAAGCCAUGAUCUUCUCGGUGCCAGCCAUCGUGCUCCAGGACCUGUCUCUCCGUGUGACAGUGGCUGAGAGCAGCAGCGACGGCCGAGGGGACAACGUGGGCCAUGUCAUCAUUGGGCCGUCUGCCAGUGGCAUGGGCACCACGCACUGGAACCAGAUGCUGGCCACUCUGCGUAGGCCCGUGUCCAUGUGGCACCCUGUUCGGCGAAACUAGCAGCUGGCACGACGGGCCGGGGUGGGCACUGAGCCUGGCCCAUGCUCAGCUCUAAUGCCCCUCCCUAGUCCAGCGGGAGCCAUGAAUGUUGGGGUCCCCUGCCAGAGCCCCCAUGAGCCAUUUUGGUCCUUCUGUCCAGACUGCAGUGGAGAAGCGGGCCUGGCCAGGUGUCUAGGGACCCAAGGUUUUCUCCCACAGAGGGCCUGCUGGGGCUGGGCCAUGACCCAUGGAAGGCAGCCUGGCACUGGUUCAUUGUGCUCCCACUUUGAGAUCCCCCUGUUCCUCGGCCUGGGGCAUUGGGGCUUGGUCUCUCAGGGCUCUCCACAUCCCACCCUGCUGGGAGACCAGUGCUAAGUGGGGUCAGGUACGGGGAAACGCGUGAGUCUUGGGGGCCAGAUGCUGUGCUAGAUACCACAGACAUGACAUGAAGAGGACACGGCCCUUAGGAUGUCCGGAAGACAAGACUCCCCUGUCCUGGGGUUCUGCUCAGUGCUGAAUGCCACCAUGGCAGAGCUCUGGGGGCUGCGAGGACAGGAUGGGAGCCAUGCCCUGAGGGGCAGGAAAAGAACAGAGUGUGUCCCAUGCAGGCAGCCAGCCCUAGCAAGGCAGGGACAGGAACUUCCCUGUCACUAACUGUCCUCAGCCUACUGGAGUGGACACAACGACCUUUCUCUGGGCAGGAGAAGUGACCAGGAGACCAGGCUGACUCCGGAAUCACGCUCCAUGAAAUCUGCUCCCUCCAUCCAUAACCCUGGCAAGGCCCAGAGAUCCUGAGAGGCCCAGAGCCAGGUCCCUGCGUUUGGUCUCCACUGGAUUAGGCAUUGGCUCUAUACUUCCAGGCCAGGCCCUAUUGGGAAGAGAGAUGCCUCAGCCUGUGGGUAGCCAGUGGGUAGUGGGGCCAGAAGACAGACUGCAGGGGUGGGAGGAAAGGGGUGGCCUGAGCAGAGGCAGGGAGGGGAAGUCAAGGGGCAUCCAGAUUGGCGGGGGGGUGAGAAGGAAGGGUUUGAAUGCCAGACUGGGAAGGAGGGGCACUGGGGGUCCUAGGUCAAGUUCCAGAAGCGAACCCUGAGAUUCUUAGGCAAGGAGUUAGUUAGGAGAGCAGGGAGCCUUCCUCCAUCUGGAGAAAACUGGAGGGGAGAGAGGAGAGCCGUGAGCAGGGGCAGACUCCAAGCACGUCGUGGCUUCUGGAGUGUCCAGCCUAAUGGCCUGAGGAGCCCUGUUGUGUGAUUGGCCCCUGGAGGGAUCCUGACCAGAAAAAAAGGGGCUGGACUGUUUGGCCCCCCACCAGGGCUUCGGCUACCACCCACCCCAGCUGGAGGAGGAGAGCGCACACUCUCCAGCUGUCACUGGCUGCGGCAGCCCCUGUGCGUGAGAAGCAGGCAGCUGAGGGGUGGGGGUGGGGAGGGUGGCCUGCAGCAGCAUCCGCUCCCCGGGGCCACCCACAGGUCAACGCAGGGGCUCUCGGGUUGCCACAGGCCCUGGUGAGCUAUGGAGACCUAGGCCCAACCUGUCACCCCCAGUGCCUCUGGGAGAGCCCAGUCAUGGGACUGGAGGCAGAACUGUGGGCCCAGCCCUGUGGCUGGCACCGGAAGGUCUGCAUGGCCCGCUACGGAGGUCAGGGGCACAGCGGAGGAGCCUCUGCAGCUGGGGAGCCUCUGCAGCCGGGGAGACCCAGACCGUUUCUGCCCCAGGGCAGCCUUUACACCCACCUUCUCUUCCCCCUCUUUCCCUCCCUCUAACUGCAUGAAAUGUGGACUGUGGACCCAGGACGGGCACGGUGGGGACCGAGUCUGCUGACUGGAAUGAUUCUAGAACCAAAAUAAAGCUGGGGCAGGAAGGAGGGGGCUUCCAGGGAGCCUUGCUCGGCCCCAAAUCACCUUUGUCUCUACUCCAGGAAUGGGGACUUGGGUCUCUGUGUGGGUUACUCUGAGCAGACUGCCCUGCUGCUGAGUACCCAGAAGGGAAGGAGGCCUCUGUCUGGCUGGGAGUCUAGCACAAGAAGUAAUGCCAUCGGACUGCUUGGGAGGCUCUAAUAAGGGGCCCUAAGCCAGGCCUGGCAGGGAGGAUGGCAGUAGGGAAUACCACGGAGGGCUUCCUGGUGGUGUCUCUGAGCCAUCUUCAGGGAAAGAACCAUAGGGUUGAAAAAGGUAGGACAAGGCCCAAAAAGCAUUUCUGGAACAGGGAACAAGACACAAAAGGGCAGGAGUGGGCAAAAAUUGAGGCCAAUUAGUCAACCUUGCUAGAGCAAAUUUGGGGGAGGCUGAGGACAAGGGACCCAAAAGAAAGGCUUAGAGGGGAGAAGGGUCGCACACGUUCAGUGAGUGCAGGUGCCAGCGGGCCACCCUGUAACCCUCGCUAUCCUAGGGGAGGUUCAGUUAUCAACCCGUUUUGAAGAACCGGAAAUGGAAGCUUAAAGAAGUUAGGUAACUAGUCCAAGAUCACACAGCCCCAGAAAGUCUCAAAGCUGGGAUUCAAGCUCCGGCUGUCUCGUUCCAAAGUUCAUGCUCUUAACCCCCAGGCCACACUGCCCCCUUCCCCGACUCUCCCAGGCUGCUCUAGUCUCUCCCCUGCCCUAGAAGAUCAUACCAAGGAUAAAAGGAUGAUCUAGGUCGGAAUUACCAGUAGCCCCGAGGAGGCCUGCCUCCCACAGAGCCCGACUGUGCAGGCUUCUGUGGACCUCCCCCCACGUCUCCCACCAACACUGGACAGACAAAGGACACCGGUGAGAUAGGAGUGGGAGGGUAGGGAAGGGCUUCCUGGAGGAGAUGGAAGCAGGAGCACUAGCCUGGCAGUGUGGGGAAGACCAUGCAAAUGGAGGAGGGAGAGGGGCCUCUGGGCAUGGGAACUCCUUGGUGUCCUUUGUGACACCUGAGGCUGGAGAGGCCAGAUGAGGCUGAGCUGGGGAGGUUUUAUGGCUCCAGGGUAAAGCCAAAGGUCCUGGUCGGGUUGGCAGUGAGGAGCCACAGAGGGUCCCGGGCUGGGUCAGAGCCCACAGCCCCACAGCCGCUCAGACCUUUGCUUCCUCUCUCCUGCCCCAGCCGUCUAUGCCUGCAGAUGCCCAAAGUGACAACCCGAAAGGCUAAAUAAACCUGAGACUGGGCCACAGGGCCCCCUCGCUCUCUGCCCCUCCCACCCCAUUAUCAACCUUCUCACUCCACCCACCAGG